AUAAGCUCCAGACUUCCUGUGGCCACACAGGACCAGAGUGGACCAGCGCACCCCAGGAGAGAGGACUAGGGUCCUGGGAGUAGGAGGAGCCCGAGCACCAUGAGCUCCCGAGCCCCUGCACACCUCGGCCUCUGCCUCUGGCUGUGGCUGAGCACCACCCUGGGAAGAGAGCCAGGACAAGCAAGUGGCCACCUGAGGCUGACUGUGCUGCCUGAGGACCGGCUGCAGAUGAAGUGGAGAGAGUCGGAGGGGAGCGGCCUCGGCUACCUGGUGCAGGUUCAGCCCAUGGCAGGGGACUCGGAACAGGAGGUGAUACUGACCACCAAGACCCCUAAGGCCACAGUGGGGGGCCUGAGCCCCUCCAAGGGCUACACCUUGCAGAUCUUCGAGCUCACUGGCUCUGGGCGCUUCCUGCUGGCUCGGAGGGAGUUUGUGAUUGAGGAUCUGAAGAGUAGCUCCUUGGACAGGAACAACCAGAGACCUCUCAGCUCUGGAGCCCUGGAGCCCACCCCCUCCCUCAUGGGGAGCCCAGACCCAGAGCAGGCUUCCGAGCCCCAAGUUGCCUUCGCGCCAAGCCGGGAUCCGCCCAUUCCCGCCAGCCCCCAGUUCCGCUGCCUACCCCCUGUGCCUGCUGACAUGGUCUUCCUGGUGGACGGGUCCUGGAGCAUUGGGCACAGUCACUUCCAGCAGGUCAAGGACUUCCUGGCCAGCGUCAUUGCACCCUUUGAAAUCGGGCCGGAUAAGGUCCAAGUAGGCCUGACUCAGUACAGUGGCGAUGCCCAGACUGAGUGGAACCUGAACUCCUUCGGCACCAAGGAGCAGGUGCUGGCAGCUGUGCACCGCCUCCGCUACAAGGGGGGGAACACGUUCACAGGCCUCGCCCUGACCCACGUGCUGGGGCAGAACCUGCAGCCGGCGGCCGGCCUCCGUCCAGAGGCGGCCAAGGUGGUGAUUCUGGUGACGGACGGCAAGUCCCAGGACGAUGUGCACACUGCUGCCCGUGUCCUCAAGGACCUGGGCGUGAACAUCUUUGCUGUGGGUGUGAAGAACGCCGAUGAGGCUGAGCUGAGGCUCCUGGCGUCCCCGCCGCGGGACAUCACCGUCCACAGCGUGCUGGGCUUCCCGCAGCUUGCCACGCUGGCCGGCCUGCUCAGCCGCCUCGUCUGCCAGAGGCUGCAGGAUGGGGGCCCGCGGCGGGGCCCAGCAGCGGCUCCAGCCCUGGACACCCUCCCCGCCCCCACCAGCCUGGUCCUGAGCCAGGUGACCUCCUCCAGCAUCCACCUGUCCUGGACACCAGCCCCCCGGCUCCCCCUCAAGUAUCUGAUUGUUUGGCGAGCCUCCAGAGGUGGCACCCCCAGGGAGGUGGUGGUGGAGGGGCCUGCCACCUCCGCAGAGCUGCACAACCUGACCUCCCGCACGGAGUACCUGGUCUCCGUGUUCCCCAUCUACGAGGGCGGGGUUGGCGAGGGCCUGCGGGGCCUGGCGACCACAGCACCUCUGUCUCCGCCCCGGGCGCUGACCCUGGCCGCAGUGACGCCCAGAACUGUCCACCUCACCUGGCAGCCCUCAGCCGGGGCCACCCACUACCUGGUGCGAUGCUCACCUGCUUCCUCCAAGGGUGAGGAGGAGGAGCGAGAGGUGCAGGUGAGGCGGCCCGAGGUGCUGCUGGAUGGCCUGGAACCAGGCAGGGACUAUGAGGUCUCGGUGCAGAGCCUGCGAGGCCCUGAGAGCAGCGAGGCCCGGGGCAUCCGUGCCAGGACCCCCAUCCUGGCCCCCCCGAGACACCUGGGCUUCUCAGACGUGAGCCACGACGCGGCGCGAGUGAUCUGGGAGGGCACCCCAAGGCCUAUGCGCCUGGUCAGAGUCACCUAUGUCUCCAGCGAGGGUGGACACUCGGGGCAGACAGAGGCUCCUGGGAACGCCACCUCGGCCACACUGGGGCCCCUCUCUUCCUCCACCACCUACACUGUCCGCGUCACCUGCCUCUACCCUGGGGGUGGCUCCUCUACGCUGACCGGCCAGGUCACCACCAAGAAAGUUCCCAGCCCAAGCCAACUGUCCGUGACGGAGCUGCCAGGGGACGCAGUCCAGCUGGCGUGGGUGGCCGCAGCCCCAUCUGGCGUGCUUGUCUACCAGAUCAAGUGGACGCCCCUGGGAGAGGGGAAGGCUCACGAGAUCUCUGUCCCAGGGAACCUCGGCACGGCCGUCCUGCCUGGCCUAGGGAGGCACACGGAGUACGACGUCACCAUCCUGGCCUACUACAGGGACGGGGCCCGCAGUGACCCCGUGUCCCUCCGCUAUACCCCCUCCACAGUGAACAGGAGCCCCCCCUCCAACGUGGCCCUGGCCUCGGAGACCCCCGACAGCCUGCAGGUCAGCUGGACACCCCCACGUGGCCGCGUGCUCCACUACCGGCUCACCUACGCGCCCGCCUCUGGCUCGGGACCUGAGAAAUCCGUCUCCGUGCCAGGACCCAGGAGCCACGUGACACUCCCCGACCUGCAGGCAGCCACCAAGUACAGGGUCCUGGUCUCAGCUGUCUACGCAGCAGGCAGGAGCGAGGCUGUGUCUGCCACAGGCCAGACAGCCUGCCCAGCCCUCCGCCCUGACAGCUCCCUCCCAGGGUUUGACCUGAUGGUGGCCUUCGGCCUGGUGGAAAAGGCUUACGCUUCCAUUCGGGGCGUGGCCAUGGAGCCCUCUGCCUUCGGUGGGACCCCAACCUUCACGCUUUUCAAGGACGCCCAGCUGACAAGACGGGUCAGUGACGUCCACCCAGCCCCGCUCCCUCCAGAGCACACCAUCGUCUUCCUUGUGCGCCUGCUUCCCGAGACGCCCCGUGAGGCCUUUGCGCUGUGGCAGAUGACGGCCGAGGACUUCCAGCCCGUCCUCGGGGUUCUGCUGGAUGCCGGGAGGAAGUCCCUGACCUACUUCCACCGCGACCCCAGGGCUGCCUUGCAGGAGGCCACCUUCGACCCGCAGGAAGUGAGGAAGAUUUUCUUCGGGAGCUUCCACAAGGUGCACGUGGCUGUGGGCCGCUCCAAGGUCAGGCUCUAUGUGGACUGCCGGAAGGUGGCUGAGCGGCCCCUCGGGGAGGUGGGCAGCACACCCUCUGCCGGCCUCAUCACGCUGGGGAGGCUGGCCAAGGCCAGGGGCCCCCGGAGCAGCUCGGCCGCGUUUCAGCUCCAGACACUGCAGAUCGUGUGCAGUGACACCUGGGCCGACGAGGACCAGUGCUGUGAGCUCCCUGCCUCGAGGGAUGGAGAGACCUGCCCGGCCUUCGUGUCUGCCUGCUCCUGUUCCUCACAGACCCCUGGGCCCCCAGGGCCCCAGGGCCCCCCAGGCCUCCCUGGGAGGAACGGCACUCCAGGAGAGCAGGGCUUCCCAGGGCCCAGGGGUCCACCAGGGGUCAAAGGAGAGAAAGGAGACCAUGGGCUCCCAGGCUUGCAGGGCCACCCCGGCCACCAGGGCAUCCCUGGGAGAGUUGGCCUCCAGGGACCAAAGGGAAUGAGAGGCCUGGAGGGAACUGCUGGCCUGCCCGGACCUCCUGGCCCCAGGGGGUUCCACGGCAUGGCAGGGGCCAGGGGCACUAGUGGAGAGCGAGGACCCCCAGGGGCCGUGGGGCCCACAGGGCUGCCGGGGCCCAAAGGGGAACGAGGAGAGAAGGGCGAGCCACAGUCCCUUGCCACCCUCUACCAGCUUGUGAGCCAGGCCUCACACGUGUCAAAGUUUGACUCCUUCCACGAGAACACCAGGCCCCCAAUGCCCAUCUUGGAGCAGAAGCUGGAGCCGGGCACUGAGCCCCUGGGGUCCCCUGGCACCCGCAGCCAGGCCCUGCUUCCUGGAGAAUGGGAGCAUGGUAGCCGCCGCCUACAGGGCAGAGGGGAGCCUGGAGCCGUUGGUCAGACAGGCAGCCCUGGGCAGCAGGGGGCUAGCACCCAGGGCCUCUGGGAGUGACAGGACGUUUUCUGCACUGUCCCGAGGAACCCUGCGCCUUCCUCCCUGGGUUUGUCUGGACACCAAGAGCGACCACAUCCUGGAAAAGCCAGGAGAAAAGCUCAGGAAGCGCCUGCAGGUGGAAGGAGAGGGAAGGAGCAGCCUUGGCCAAGGCCCACCCCACGCCCUUGGCUCUGUAGCAUUUCCAAGUUCAGAUAAACCAUCGAGUGCUCACCCA